AUUUGGACUAGUGAAUGUACAGUUGGUCGGGACUGUCAGUAUCGUUUAAGUUGUGAGUUGUAUGUUAUGGCGUUUUAAAUAAUAAAGUUAUUUGUGACUUUAUGAAUAAAAUCAAAAUUAAUAUCCAACGUAGACAAUACUCUGAAUGAAAUAUGAAUGACAUGUGACAUAAAAAUAUGUUGAAAGGAUAUUGCACAAUAUAAUUUAAGAAAUCAAAUCAGAGCAAAGCAGGAGAGAGAAGUAUGCUAUUAGUAUGAAGUGGAUAAUAAUUUCAUGUAUUUUGUGUGUAUUUGGUUGCUUUAAAGAGUUUAGGCCUUCAGAGUCUUUUGUGACUGAUUAUUUAACAGGACCAUGGAAAAAUUUUACAGAUGUUCAAGUAAACCAGAAAAUAUUUCCUGUUUCCACAUAUUCCUAUUUUGCAACGUUAAUUAUUGUAUUUUUAAUAACCGACUUUGUACGAUAUAAGCCAAUUAUUAUUUUAUGUGGUCUUUCUGGAACUAUUACAUUUCUCUUAAUAAUACUUGGACAAGAUGUUUUAACUAUGCAAGUUUUAGAAUUCUUUUAUGGCUUGUUUUUAUCCACAGAAGUAGCAUAUUACACAUAUAUCUAUGCUAAAGUUGACAAAAAACAUUAUCAGGAAGUAACAAGUCAUACAAAAGCAGCAGCUCUAGUUGGUCGUUGUAUGGCUGGUAUUAUUGCACAAUUAACAGUAUCUUUUGAUAUAUUAAAUUAUCAUCAAUUAAAUUACCUUACAAUUGGAGCUGUUACAUUUGCAACAAUAUGGGCAUUCUUUAUACCUUCAGUUGGCCAGUCUAUUUACUUUCAUAGAAAAAAUAAAAAUAAUUUCUUAGCUCAUAAUGGAACAAUUGUAUCGCAACAAAAUGAUAUAAAUCAAGUUUUACACAGUUCUGAACAAUCUGAGUGUUCUUUUUCUAAUAUUUCACUAAUACAUAAAGUUAAAGAAGCUUAUGUUCUAUUAUGGAAAGAUUUUUUACAAGCAUAUUUGAAUAGUCAUGUUGUAAAAUGGUCAAUAUGGUGGUCAUUUUCAACUUGUGGAUAUUUGCAAGUUAUUAGUUAUAUACAAUUAUUGUGGCAAACUGCUGUAGUCCCUGGAGAUAAAAUUUACAAUGGAGCUGUAGAUGCUUUAUAUACAAUUAUAGGUACAAUCACUGUUUUCUGUAUUGGGAAGAUACCAUUUAAUUGGUCUUUAAUUGGAGACAUAGUAGUAUCAUGUAUGUCACUUGUGGAAGGUAUUUUAUUAGUGGUAUCUUCAUAUAGUUGCAGUAUUUGGUUGUUAUAUGCUAUGUACAUAUUAUUUGGAAUCAUUUAUCAUACAAUGGUUACUGUUGCAAGUUUUGAAGUUGCAAAAUGCAUAUCAGAAGAUAGUCAUGGUUUAAUAUUUGGUAUAAAUACUUUUCUUGCAUUACUAUUGCAAAGUGUAUUAACAGCUAUAGUAGUGAAUGGAAAUUUAAAAUUAAAUAUGAGAUCUCAGUAUUUUGUUUAUGGUGGUUAUUAUAUUGCUAUAUCAAUACUUUACAUGAUAAUCGGCAUUUUAAACAUUAUACGACAUUGUAAAAAAGGUGCUGGAUUUAAAAUAUGGGUAUAGAAUACAGUAACUGAGAAUAAGAAAUAGUCUCCAAAAUGAUUAGGUUUUAGUUACUGGUAUAGUUUUUAGAAAUUGAAUUAAUGAACAUUCAUUUGAAAAUGGUGAUAUUAGGUAUAUACAUAGUAAUCAAGGAUAGUUCAUCAAAUACGCUUCUAUUUUGUUACUAUUAUUUUAUUUUUCGGUUCAAUAUCUUUAGAAAAGGAACUUGAUUGAUUUAGCUCACAGAAAAUUAAAAUUAAAGCUGAACUAAUGUAAAACUAUUGCUUAUUGUUUUCUUGUAGUAUUACAUUUGUUUUCUCCUGCUUGCUUACCUUCCCUUUUAACCCCAUUAACAUCAGCUCUAACCGUUGUCCGCAAUUGACUCGCACAUCUCUGUCCUCUUCUUCCUUUCUCUAUCCAACAUCUCUAGCCAUUUUGUCCCUUCUUUUGAGCCCUUAUUGCUCAAAAUCUCCUCAAUUUUUACAUUUCCUUUUUCAAUCCCACUGUACAGCCUUAGAAAGUGUUAUAUCGGAUCGCCCAUUCCCCAUAUCAUACAUACUCUGUGUUUGUCAUCAUAUCAAUUUCCUAAUAUUAUCUCUGUUUCCUUUAAAUUAUUAUAUCUCGCCCUAGAUACCGAUCAAUUUGGCUUCUUUACCAGACUGUCAAAUAAAUUUAUUUCCAAUAAGUCAAAUAAACUUCAAUUCCACACAUUUGCUUUAAUGCCAGAUUACCUUUCCUUAUCAACCCUUUCAACUGUUCUAUAUUUUUCUCGCUUUUACUAAAAAUAUAUGCUAAAUAUUUAAGAUAUUGUAUUAUUUGCUCCAAUUCUUUUUCUUUCCAUUCCCAUUUUCUCUUCUUACUUCUACCGCCUCCUUUUCCGGAAUGAAGAACCUUCGAUUUAUCGACAUUUAAUGUUAACUUUUUCCUUUUCUAAAUAUCUUACUAAUCUUUUAUCUUACUAAUAUCAAUUAAGUUCCUCAAUAAAAUGCUAUUGUGUAUUAUAGAUAUAAUACGUCUGUGUUGAUAAAACAUGUAGCAUACAGUAUUAUAUUUUUAAUAAUAUGUAUUAAGUGUUAUGAAAUCUGGGUGCUACGAAAUCAAUUUGUACAACAGGGGACACAAAUACCUACGAAUUAUAUAAUUUUGCGUAAAAUGUAGAAGAUAUUAGUAUUAAGGAUUCCUAUAAAAACAGUGUUCUGAAUGUAUAAUUGUUAUAUUUGAGAAAUAUAUAAAAGUUCUAUUUUUUAACAAA